AUGAAGCGUUCGUUCCAACACGUGACUGCUGCAGUGUCGUCCGCCGUUGCCGCACCUGUAGCUGCCAUCCAUGGCGACCGCAUUGCUGGUACCGUUCCGAGUGCCGAAGCCCACCUCAACGUGGACCGACCACGGAAGCUCCGGGUGUGGAGGCGUCGCACAGCACCUUCAGCUCGGCAGGUGUUUCCGACAUCGAGCAUUACUGGGUACCCCUUGUCGCAUGGAUAUACCACCACUACCACCGCUGCUGCAGGUGUCUGCAUACCACAGCUCUCGUGUCACUGGCAAUGCGAUGCAUUAGAGUCUGCGCUGCCGGAGGAGGGACUCCUGCACCUCGUGCUGUCGUUCCUCACCUUUCGAGACCAUCAGGUGGUUCGAGCAGUGAGUCGGCCGUGGCGACAACGCGUCCGGACGUUGGCGGUCGACCGACUCGACGUCUCGGCCCACACCAUCUCCUUGUGCCCCGAACGAGUCCCUCGAGCGUGUCACGCGCUCUUGCACAGCUACAGCCGCGUGCGCCGACUGGACGUGUCGGGGCAGCGGGCGCUCGGGGACCGCGACUUGCUCCUGUUGACGUCGCACUUCUGGACGCACCUCGGAGAGGUCGUGCUCGACGACUGUCAGGCGAUCACGGACUUUGGUCUCUUGGCCGUACUCAACGCCCGGUCGCUUCGCCUGCGGUCCGUGUCGCUCCGGCGGUGCAAACAGGUCACGGGCCGCUCGCUCGUGGCAGGUCACGACCUGCACCUGACCGGGUCCCACCCGUCCCUCACGCGCCUCGUCCUCGACGACACGCGCGUCACGCACGCCUUUGUCCUGCACCUCGAAGCGCACUUUCCUACGCUCGCGCACCUCAGCGCGCUGCAUACGCCGGCGCACGGGGCGUUUUUCCAGCACACGUCGACGCUGCGGCCGCUGCUCCGCGACCUGCAGCAGCUCGUGCACGACGAGACGCCACGGCCGCUGCUGUCGGCACUGCUCGACGCGUUCCGCCAGUGGUGCAGCAGUCCGCGUCGACGCAGCGCCAAUGCGUUCGAGCGGACGGUCGCUGCCUCGGGCGCCCGAGCGCUCGUCGACGUCCCCUUGUUCCCCACGCGUGGGCUCACCAACGAGCCGACAGCGGUUGACAACCGCUUUGGCGUUGAGUUCGGCUUCGAGUCGUCGCUGUCGCUGCUGCUGUACGCGAGCGCCAGCGGCCGCACGCGAGUGCUGGCGGCGCUCUUCGCCGCGCGAUCCACUGCCUCGAGCGACUUGGAGCACACGGACGCCGCCGGCCACUCGGCACUGAGUCUCGCCGCGGCGCACGGCCACGUGGCCGCCGCGCGGCUCUUACUGCGCGCGGGGAGCGACGUCCACACGCGGUCAGUAGCGCUGGCGUCGCCGCUCGACGUGGCGAGUGCGAACGGAUGGGACGCACUGGUCGGUCUGUUGCUCGAGGCCGACGCGCGACGCGGCCCGACAGCGCUGUGUGCGGCCGCGACGAACGGCCACCGAGCGGUCGUCCGGCGGCUGCUCACUUCGGCAAAGCCGGUCGACGACCGACCGGCGGCCGUCGAGGCGCUGUGUUUGGCGUGCGAAGGCGGCCACGCAGCAGUGGUGUUGGACCUACUGCAGCUCACGACCGCGCACGCGAACGCACUGCUACUGCUGCGUGACGACUGCGUGUCGCCGCUCUACUUGUGCUGUCAGAUGGGCCACGUCGACGUGGCGGCGCUGCUGCUGGCGCAGGGCGCCGACCCCAACUUCCAGCGGCCGCCGCCCACGGGCGUCUCGUGUCUGUACAUUGCGGCGCAAGAGGGCCACGACGCCAUUGUGCGGCUGCUCGUGCGCGCGGGGGCCGACGUGCAGCGGCCGAUGGCGGCCGACCGGUCGACGGCGCUGCACAUUGCUGCGCGCAUGGGCCGCGUGGCGGUCGCGCGGACGCUCCUGCGGUGCGGCGCGCAAGUGGACGCCGCGACGCGGUCGGGCCUCACGCCGCUGUUUAUUGCCAGCGACGAAGGCCAUGUGGAGCUCGUGCACUGUCUAUUGCGUGCGGGGGCCGCGCGCGACCGCCAAACGAGCGGCGGCGCGACGGCACUGUUUGCGGCCGUGCAGAGCGGUCACUUGUCGGUGCUCGAGGCGCUGCUCUGCGGCGGAGCGAGUCCUGCGAUCGCUACGUAUAAUGGUACGAGCCCUCUCGAUACAGCGGUAGGAAGGGGCGAUGCAAAGGCCGCGUGGCUGUUGCUGCACUUCGGCGCGCGCGUGGAUGGAGCGGCGGCACGGACUGACGUAGUGACGGCGGAAGGGCCGCUAUCGUUGAGACCGUAUUACAGAUAA